CUGAGGGUUUUAUUUGUGAUACCGACCGAAUAUUUCUAGUCUGCCAUUUAAACAUGUAAUUUUUGAUCAUGGAGUAGUAGUGGUAUUUUUUACAUGGAUUUUAUUUUGGAAUUUUAAAUUGCGUUUUUUAAAAAAAUGGACCCUAAUUCAACCACCGAGGACGUAACUUUAGCUGAAGAGAAACCCAGCACCAGCUUUAAUAAAAUGGAAGAUGAAAAGAAAGCCGACCCAGAAAAUGGGAUAGAAAACAAAGGAUUUGAAGAUGAAGCACCACCGGAAUACAUUCCACCAACGCCACCAACCACGCAACUUUCACCAGUGGGAGAAAGUUCUGGGCCAACGGAGAAAAGUCCAGGAAAAGUAGAGUCCAACGAGGAAACUACGGAUCGAAUGACGUGGGAUAAUCAAUGGGAAUUUUUAUUUUCUUGCAUUUCCAUGAGCGUGGGGCUGGGGAACGUGUGGCGUUUUCCAGUGACAGCAUAUGAAAAUGGGGGAGGUGCCUUUCUCAUCCCAUAUUUCAUAGUUUUGAUCUUUAUCGGUCGUCCAAUCUACUUUCUAGAGCUGUGUUUAGGACAAUUUACAUCCUAUAGUCAAGUACAAGUCUGGAAAUGCGUCCCGUUUUUCAAGGGCGUUGGUUUUGGGACGAUGGUGGCUGCCCUCUGCGUGCUGACGUACUACUGUUCAAUCCUCGCCCUGGCCGUGUACUAUUUCAUAAUGUCCUUCCAAAAGAACUUACCCUGGGCGCAUUGUAACGAAAACUGGGCUGGCGAAGGGAACUGUAACGGAUCCGUUUUGCUCCUUAACGGAUCCAUCCCGGAAAUGUACUUUCAAGUCGAAGUGCUAAAAGAGUACGACAACAUUGACGACGGGAUUGGUCCACCCGACUGGAAACUGACGCUUUGCCUUGUCGCGUCCUGGCUCCUGAUCUAUUUUACGAUCAUGAAGGGGGUCAAAUCCAGUGGGAAAGUUGCUUAUUUUACGGCCAUUUUCCCCUACGUGGUCCUCUUCAUUUUGUUGAUACGAGGGGUCACCUUACCCGGAGCGUGGAACGGGAUCAAGUAUUUCAUCGAACCGAAAUGGGAAAAGUUGUAUGAACCGGGGGUGUGGUAUGCAGCCGUGACGCAGUGCUUCUUUUCGCUGAACACUGGAUUCGGUUCGAUAAUCAUGUUCUCCUCGUACAAUCCGUUUCAUCACAAUAUUUACAGAGACUCCCUGGUCGUAAGUUUCAUGGACACGUUCACCUCGCUGCUCGCAGGAUUUACAAUUUUUGCCAUUUUGGGGAAUUUGGCUCAUGAAUUGGGCGACGUUGAUGUGGAGACCGUGGUCAAAUCGGGAUCAGGGCUCGCAUUCAUCGUCUAUCCGGAUGCACUUGCAAAAAUGGACUGGGUUCCGCAACUAUUCGCCGUUUUGUUCUUUGGAAUGCUGUUCACCUUGGGCGUGGGCUCCGCCUCCGCGGACGCGGGUGCAAUUGCAUCCAUUUUCUGUGAUAGAUAUCCCGUCCUUAAAAGAUGGAUGGUUUCGGGAGUCAUUUGCUUAUUCGGGUGCGCCGUCGGGCUUAUCUACGUUACUCCGGGCGGGCAGUGGAUGUUGGAUUUGGUCGAUUUUUACGGUGGAGGUUUCGUGAUCUACACGAUGUGCACGUUGGAAAUGGUGGGGGUCGCGUGGUGCUACGGGUUGUACAAGUUCAUCAACGACAUGGAAUUCAUGCUGGGGAUCAAGUUGGGCUGGUAUUGGAAAAUCUGCUGGGGCGCACUGAUCCCAAUUUUCCUCGUGAUCCUGCUCGUCUACUCGCUUUAUACGGACGGAAGUCUUCAAUAUAACGACAUGGAUUAUCCCGUCUCUGCCACGGUCUGCGGCUGGAUAAUUGCCGUAACCGCGUUGAUUUGUUUUCCCGUCGGCGGCCUUCAUGCAAUGUACAAAUCGUCAAAUAUUACUUGGAUGGAGAAAUUGAAGGGAACCUUUCUGCCAAAAUACGACUGGGGUCCACGGAAUUUAAAGAAACGUGAAGAAUGGAAGGAAUUCAUUAGUCAGGCGGAUCAAAGAACAUUUUUUGAAAGAUUACGUGACAAGUCGGGCCUGUGAUCUCAUUUUGUGGAAUUUAUUGUUUUUAGAAAAUUGAAAAUAAAAAAUUUGGUUACACUCGGGAAA